GUAUUCGAAUAAGUUCACAGAUUGCUUGUGGUGUUCUGGAGCAUAGUUUUUAAUUUCUCGGAUCUGAGUGUCGCUGUCAUGACAUCGUCAUCUGAAUCUCAUGCUCGGAUUCAGGAGCUCGAGAGCAUUGAACUUCAGGACGGGCUUUACGACGAGCAGUAUCUCAGACUCAUGGCGUUGUAUCUGAUAGAAAAUCAGCUAUGUGACGCAAGAAUGCUAUGGUUGCGGGCACCAGACGAAGUAAAGGUUGCCGAAGGAUUCUUUCAGAAACAGUUCAAUGUAUGUCAAGCUAUCAUGGCUCGUAACUACCCGGAGGCGUAUGCUUCGAUCGCCGGUGUGAACUGGCCUUCGGAGAUUGCGUUGGACAUGCAAGCCGUUUCUUGUGAGUACGGGGAAACCAUGAUCGUUGAAUUUGUCAAAGUUAACCUGAAAAAGCGGCGACUGGCACUUAUAGCGAAAGCAUAUGCAUCCAUAGCAAUCAGUGAUAUGUCAAUCUCACUGGGACUUUCCCCGGAAAGCGUGCGGGAAGUGUGCUCCAAUUUAAAAUGGACGACAGGUCCCGGCGAUCUGGUGUACCCGAAGAAAAUCAAAGAACCACCGUGUGCAGCCAUUCGUGGGAACACUCUCGUCGACCACCUUUCCUCCGUUAUUCAGUUCCUCGAGUGA